GUGGCCAUGUUCAUCAUCCCUGUCAUUGUCUACUACCAGGAAUACAAAAUAAGUCUAAACACAACUGAAAGCAUCACCUUCACAAGCUACUGUAACGUAGCUAUGGAUGCAAGGAAUCAGAGCCUGAACAGCAGCGUGUUCUCCCAUCUGGUUUGGGAUGUUACACAAACUCUGUGCUUCCUGGACAUGUCCAAGAUUACUGACAUUGGCAUGUUGACAGGUGCAGCAGUGUCCUGGUGGAUUGGCCUUCUGUUAGCCACCCUCUAUGUUUGGAACCUCAACAUCUACCGUAUCCAGAAAACCCAAGACCUGUUCACCAGGAGGCUGUAUGAGGGAGCCUUUAUUGAGCAAUCAUUGCUCCUCAACACCCGAUUCCACAUCCAGACCAAACACAUGAAGAAUCAAUUUAAUGGAUGUGACUCCACUGCCAUGGUGUAUUUGUGUGCAACAAUGUGGCAUGAGACUUACAAAGAGAUGAUGAACAUCAUAAUCUCAAUUUUCAGACUGGACAAGUACAGACCAAAGAAAGGGCCAGAGAAGGAUGAGACAAAGUUUGACGAUUUCACCUUUGAAGCUCAUAUCUACUUUGAUGAUGCGUUUGAAUCUGUUGAGAGGAGUCAGAAAGGUCAACUCAAUGAAUACGCAAAAUCCCUUGUGGUUAUCAUUGCAGAGGUUUAUGGCAUCUUCAAAGGCAUUGAUGAAGAGCUUUUUAGAGUACAGCACAUUCCGGAUCAGAAGGUCAUACGAACACCGUAUGGAGGUCGUCUUGUCAUCAAAAUGCCUCAUGGGAACAACAUAAUAGUCCACUUCAAGGAUAAAAACCUCAUUCGCCACAAGAAGAGAUGGUCUCAGGUUAUGUACCUUUACUAUCUUCUGGGCUGGAAACUCAUGACCAAAUAUUAUAAUCGCUUGGAGCAGUAUGAGGAUGACAACACACUUAGAGAAGAAAUUCAGAAGCACAACACCUACAUUUUGGCUUUAGAUGGAGACACAGACUUCCAUCCUGCAUCUGUGAUGUUGCUCAUCGAUCGUCUGAAAAUGUACCCUCGUGUUGGGGCGGCGUGCGGCAGGAUACACCCCACUGGAUCAGGUCCUGUAGUUUGGUUCCAGAAAUUUGAGUACGCUGUCAGCCACUGGCUGCAGAAGACAGCUGAACAUGUGUUCGGCUGCGUGCUGUGUAGUUCUGGCUGCUUCAGUCUGUUGAGGGCAGAAGCACUAAUGGAUGACAAUGUGAUGAAGAAAUACUCCACCAAGUCCACAGAGGCCAGCCACUACAUCCAGUAUGACCAAGGUGAAGACCGCUGGCUGUGUACUCUACUUUUGAAGCAAGGUUGGAGAGUGGAGUACAAUGCAGCAUCUGAUGCCUACACCAGCGCACCAGAAGACUUUAAAGAACUGUACAACCAGCGGAGACGAUGGGGGCCUUCUACAAUGGCCAAUGUGGUGGAUCUGCUUGGCUCCACCAACAUUAUUUCGAAGAGGAACCCAUCCAUUUCCAAACCCUAUAUGUUAUACCAACUGUUUGCCAUGAUCGCAACCAUUCUUGCACCUUCCAGCAUCUGCCUCAUGAUUGCAGGCAGUUUGUCCUUCAUCCUGGGACUCUCCAAUUCUGUUGCUCUGGUCUUAGCUGUGAUACCUCCUGCCAUCUAUUUGGGUCUUUGUUUUAAGCUCAAGGCAGACACUCAGAUUACUCUUGCAGCAGUAUUGAGUGCAUUGUAUGCAUUCCUUAUGUUGGUGGUCACCAUGUCUAUUAUAGGUUCAAUGGUCAAAAGUGGGACCAUUUUCACACCCAGCAGCAUUUUCAUCAUCGCCAUGUCUAUCAUUUACACAAUCACGGCCCUAAUGCACCCCCAGGAAUUGCCUCUCGUCUUCUAUGGCUUUCUCUACAUCAUCUGCAUCCCCAGUGCCUACCUUCUGCUAACCAUUUACUCCAUGGUCAACAUGAACAGCACCUCUUGGGGCACCAGAGAGACAAAGCCUGCAGCUGGGGCUGCCACACCGGCAGUCACCCAGGAAACACCCAAACAGAGAGUGAAAAGCAGUCUCCAGCAACUCUUCUGUUGGGGCAAAUGUAAAGAACCAAGCCAGAGAUCUCAAGAUGUACAUGAUAUCAUGAUUCCAGAGUCAAUACAGGUUGAGCCACAACCCCAAAACACUAUUGUGGAUGACCCCCCUGAAGACAGACAAGAGUAG